AUGACUUCCAAUGCCUCGGAUGUUGCCGAGUCUCAUCUCACGCUUCCCUUCUGCCCAUCUCCAGAAGUCGCCUGUCUACAUGUUAUGGAUGCGAUAUCGCACUAUGGCCAAGCCUCUGUACCGAACACAUCAGAAGACCAUUCUAUACGAGUACUCCGAAUCGAAUGUCCCACUGUUUUACAUGUGGAAAGUGCCGACCAUCUCCCGAAGUAUUUCUUGAGACUCCUCAGGUUUCAAGGCUUUGGAAGGGAGUCACGUUCCCUAUUCGUGGCGCGCGACGGAUCGUAUGCCCUAGGUGGCUGGGGUCAGGCCCAUAUAGCCUCUUCACUGAGUGCUAUGCUGCUGAGUGGUACAGACGAUAAAGUCCGCUACAUUGGAGGACGUCGUUUCGAUGAGGACAGGGCUAUCGGUGCCGAGUGGCGUGAUUUCUUCCAUGACCCUUCGCAAGAAUAUUGGGUCUUGCCUCGACUCGAGAUAGCCUCGUCGGGUGUAUAUCCAAAGGCUACGUAUACGGUAGCAGCCAACAUGCUAUAUGACAACGCUACUGGGAAGCUACUCAUGGGGGAGGCUGAUCAUGGUUGCGUGACUAGAGAGCUGCCGCAAACCUGUUACGCUAAUCUAUCUGUUAGGUAUAGUAACACCGUUAAUACUGCAAUUUCCAAAUUCCGCAAUGGUUCCCUUGACAAAGUGGUCAUCUCCCUUCGAUCCACCUUGAGUUUUGAAGAUGGCGCUUAUCCAAUGGACCCCAUAGAUUGGCUUAUCACCGUUGUGGAGGCCGUACCAGAUACAAAGCGCUAUACCAUCUACAUCGAACCACCGCAUGGCGAAAGUGCAUUUGUAUGUAUCACACCAGAGAGGCUGUGCCGUGUGGAGGGUGGUCAUGUGGAGACAGAGGCUGUUGCUGGCACGUGGAAACCCUCGGAGAUCACUAAUAACGAGGAGGCUGACAUCAAGCGCUCCACCGAGCAUAGUACUGUGACGAAGUAUAUUCGGGGGAUACUGUCCAGGAGAGCUCAUAAUGUCCGCGUUAGUAGAGUGGAUCUAUUGAGAUUGAAGGAGUUGGUCCAUUGUAAGCAGAUGCUAGAGGCUACAGUGGACUUGCCAGACAUUGAGGAUGGGACGAAUGGUGAUGAGAUAGCCUCCUUACGAAGUGGGCAUGGUGUGGUAGAGUGGCUGGUACGGGACUUGCAUCCAACGCCUGCGGUGGGCGGAAAGCCGCUGAAGGACGCCAUGACGUUUAUCAGAGCGAGAGAGCCUUUCGAUCGAGGCUUCUUUGCUGCUCCCUGUGGUGUGGUAUCGUCCAAUGGAGGAGAGCUGGCGGUAUCGCUAAGAAGUGCCCUGGUCGAACGCCGUCAUGGGUCGAAGGUACAUGUGAUGGCUGGUGCUGGGCUCAUUGAGGGUUCGGUACCUGAAGAUGAGUGGAAUGAGAUACGUCUGAAGAUGCGACAGUUUGUUGGGACGUUGUCCGAUGGUGUAAGACCAGCCUUAAAUGACCCUUCCGAGUUCCCUAAUUUCAAUACUUUCUGGUGCGCUGUUUUCGUGGAUGAACUUGUUCGCCUCGGCAUAAAACAUUUUGUCGUGUGUCCGGGUAGUCGAUCCACCCCAUUGACCAUAGCUGUCACUAAACAUCCUCAAACCACGCAUGUGGUCCACACUGAUGAGCGCGGUGCAGCCUUUUAUGCUCUUGGUUAUGCCAAGGCCACAGGCCUGCCGGCUCCAGUCAUUGUUACUAGUGGUUCGGCUGUUGCGAAUCUGCUUCCGGCCAUUACGGAGGCCCAGGAGUCUCAUGUCCCUAUGCUGUUACUGACGGCAGAUAGGCCGGCUGAACUGCGGGAUACAGGGAGUAAUCAGACGAUGAACCAGACGGAUAUCUUCAAGCCCUACGCAGUGUGGACCCGUGAUGUGGCCCCACCAUGCGAGUCGGCGCCGGUGCGGUAUCUCCUUAGUGACACUGACUAUGCUGUUGCCCAAUGCUUGGGCCAACAGGGCGUGGUGCACCUGAAUAUGCAGUUCCGAGAGAAUCUAGCGCCUGAGGGGGGACCGGUUCGAGGAGGACAAUAUGAGGAAAUGAGUGCCUUCCAUGUUCCGGAAGACUCCCGAUUUACACGUUGGCAAAUGCGGUCUAGGGAGCCUCUCACAAGGACUGCUCGGCCACCUAGACGGAGCAUUGAUGAAGAUAGAGUGAAGGAGCUCAUAUGUGGGGUUAUGCCCGAGCUGAGUGGUGAUACGAGGUUGAGCGGUCAGGUUCGAGAGCAGUAG